AGCCCAGGUCCACGAGAUGGUUGAGAGGGGCGCAGCCGUAAAACUCACUAAUGAGGUCAUCAGCAAGUGGACAGGACCAGUGUGGUAUGUAAGCCAUUUGGUGGCGCCAAACCCUCACUCAGUGACGACUCCAGUCCGGCUUGUGUGGAACAGCAGCCAGAAGUGCAGGGGAGUGAGCAUGAAUGAUAUUCUGCUAAAGGGGCCAGAUGUUUUAAACCCGAUCAGAGCUGUGCUGCUGAGAUUCAGAAGAGGUGUGUAUGCUGCACUUGGAGACAUCAGGAAGAUGUAUAAUUCAGUGUGGCUAGAAGAGCGAGAGAUGCAUCUCCACCGAUUCCUUUGGAGGGACAAUCCAGAUGAGGAGAUGGGUCGAUAUGCCAUCACAAGGGUGAGCAUUGGAGACAGACCAGCCGGUUGCAUUGCACAGGUAGCUAUGCGGGAGACAGCAAGAUUGGCCAUCUUUGCUCACAUGGAAGAGGAGCGCAGAGUCCUGGAAAAGGACAGUUAUGUGGAUGACAUUCUAACUUCCCAUAACAGCCUGGAGGAACUAGACAAGAUGACUGAAGGCGUUGAAGAAAUUCUGAGAGCCGGAGGCUUCUUUCUGAAACCGUGGGUCCGGUCAGGCCAAAGUGGGAGGCCGGAGGCUGCAGCAAAGGUCCUGACAUCAAGAGUGGAAGGGAUGGAGAAGAAAACCUUCAUCCUCCCAAACCAAAUGAGGGAUGAAGAUAACAAAGCCCUGGGCAUUGGAUACAAGGUGGAGAAGGACAAGCUCUACAUGAUGACCUCGAUCAACUUUUCCAAAAGGAAAAAGAAGAUGAGAGUAGGCAAGGAUCUUCUCAGAAUGGAGGUGAAACCUGGAACGCCUAACCCGCUGACAAGAAGGGACCUGUUAAGCCAAGUAGCUGGACUCUACGACCCCAUCGGUUUGGUAUCACCUCUGAAACAGAAGGGCGCUAUCCUUGUUAGGAGAGCAUUCCAGGAGGCAGGAGGAGGGAAGUUGACCCGUGAGACCUGGGAUAAACCACUGUCAGAGAGCCUCAGAGAAGAAGCCAUUCAGCUGUUUGAGGAGUAUGCGCAGCUUGGACAAGUUCAGUUUCAAAGAAGCCUGACACCAGCUCACUGGAAAGGGAAACCAUGGGGAAUCACAUUCUCAGACGGGAGUGACAAAUCAUAUGGAGCUGUGAUGUACCUGAGGUGGAACACUAGUAAAGGAGUCGAUAUCCGGUUUGUAGAGUCGAAAGCCAAGCUGACUCCACUGGAUCAGAAAGGGGAGGCCGUGAAGGCUGAGAUCUGCGGCGCUGUCUUUGCAGCCAGGCUCAGGAAGUACGUUGAGAAGCAUGGAGGCCUGGUGGUAGAGCGAUGGCUCCACCUGGUGGACAGUCAAACAGUCCUAGGAGCCAUUCAAAGAGAGAGUUAUGGGUACCAAACUUUCUUUGCGAACAGAGUGGGUGAAAUCCAGAAGGCUGGCUCAGUUGAAGACUGGUGGUGGAUCCCUGGAGAGCAUAACAUUGCUGACAUCAUUACAAGAGGAGGCACUCAUGAAGAUCUAAAGGAGGAUUCCACAUGGCAGGAUGGGCCAGAGUUCCUAAAGUGGCCAGUGGAGGAGUGGCCUAAAAAGUCAGCAGGAGAGGUUGCAGUGCACGCUAGAGAGAGUGUCAACAGACUCCAGAGAAAGGCAUUCUCAGCAGGAAUGACAAGGGCUCAAGCUAAGAUAAGCCAAGCAAGUGCCCCACAAAAAGACCUGAAGGAUGAAAGUGGAGAGAAAAGUAUGGCCGCUGAUCCAGCUCUUCUGGCAGGAAGGGCACCCAGGAGAUGGGAAAUAAAGAACCUACUGGAAGUGAGGAAUUACAGCUCCUUGUCCAAGCUGGUCAGGAUCAUCGCCUGGAUAUGGCGAGCUGCCAAGAAGUGGAUAGAGAUGAAAAGCCAGUCAAGAACUCAAGAAGCUAAGCAUAAAGUGUCAUCACUAAAGGAAAAGGCCAAGCAAACUGUGCUUACAGUGAGAGAGCGUGAAGAUGGCCUCAGGGAUCUCUUUAGUGAAGCUCAGGAAGGUGUAGCUUUUCCUGACACUACCCUAAGCAGACUGGCAGUAUACAGAGAUGCGGACUCUGAGCUCUUGGUUUGUGGAGGCAGGAUUCAGAUGUUUGAUGAAGACAAAACUGCAGUGCCCGUCUUACCAUACGAGGCAUGGGUGUCUACAUUGCUGGCACAGGAAGCCCACAAGGCAAACCAUGAGGGAAUAGCAGGAACCUUGCUCAGGAUGAGGAAAAAAGCCUGGGUAAUCAAAGGUCGAAGAAUUGCAAAACAAGUAGUAGACAGUUGUGUGGUAUGCAGGAAAAACAGGGCAAAACAGUGCCAGCAGAUCAUGAGUGACUUGCCACCAGAGCGAACAGGCCCAGCAUUGCCAUUUGAGUUUACAACCAUGGACCUGUUCGGACCUUAUGAGGUAAAAGAUGAAGUAAGGAAAAGGGUCAAACUCAAAGUCUGGGGGGUUGUAUUCUGCUGCAUGGCUUCAAGAGCCAUACACACUGAUGUUGUGAGUGACCAGUCUUCUGAGGGAUUUCUGCUGGCCUACCAAAGAUUCUCUGCACUGAGGGGACACCCUAGGAAAUUGUGGACAGAUCCUGGCACAAACUUUGUAGGGGCCAGACCUGCUCUGGAGGAGCUUCACAGAUUUCUGAGCAGACUGAACAGGUCUCAGAUUGAAGAGGAAGCUGUCAAUCAUGGAACAGAGUGGUCAUGGAGGAUUCACCCUGCAGACUCUCCCCACAGAAAUGGAGCAGCAGAGGCAGCUGUCAAGAUAGUGAAGCGAGCCCUGAACAACCUUGGUGGUGAUGGAGUUCUCACAUGGGGGGAAUUCCAAACAUUCCUCUUCAUGGCAGCCAACCUGGCAAAUGAAAGACCGAUAGAUGCCAGGAUUCAAAGCCGAGAGGACUGUGUGGAAUACAUCAGUCCCAAUUCCCUCAUACUGGGACGAGCCAGCCCAAGAGGAGACCCGGGAGAUUUCAAGUUUGAAGGUUACCCAUACAAGAGACUCCAAACCAUACAAGCAGAGGUCAGCAAAUUCUGGAAGAAGUGGUGCCAGCUAGCUGGUCCUAACCUGUUCAUAAGGAGCAAGUGGCACACAAGAGAGAGAAACGUUGCAGUGGGAGAUGUGGUCUGGCUGGCUGACCAAAAUGCCUUGAGGAGUCAACAUAAAUUGGCCAGGGUAGAAAGUGUUAAUGCUGACCGAGGGGGAAUCGUCAGAGAUGUAAAUGUGAGGACCUUUCCAAGCUACCCUGUUCCAGUCAUGAAGCCAAGCACAGGGGACACAAGCAGACAAGGAGCCAGGAAACUCUUGAAGAGAAUCCCUGUGUCCAUUCUCUGCAGGGAUGUGAGACGACUGGUCAUCCUUCUUCCUGUUGAAGAGCAACGAUAGAAUGAAUAGAUAGAGUGUGACCUCCUUGGGUUGAGCAACCAGGAGGUCAAGUGGGAGGUGUAAAGACAGAGAUCGCAUUUAGAUUAAAAAACCUCUAGUGGCGUGGAGGGGAGAUGCGCAAAUCACACGUGUUCGAUUUGCGCACACACCGGGCGGCACUUGCCUGAUUACGGCACGUGAGGUGAGUGAGCACGGGUGAGGAAAUAAAGGUCCGCGAUUUCCGGCCGGGCUAUGAAGGGUUUGUGCAUUGGAGGACACGAGAGCACGCAUUGGUUUUCAACCUAAUCCUGAUCCUAAUCCUAAAUCCGAAUAAGACUACGGAAUGUUUGUUGGUC